UAACCCAGGCGAUAGUUGAACAGGCCUUCGGCAGUAGGUGUUGUUAUUCGCCGUGAGGAAGAGACAGAAGCUGAAAGAUAGCUUUACCACGGGCCGUUGGCUCACGAAUUGAUGGAGCGUAAAUUCAAUCUUACUAGUGGAUAUUCACAAGGAUUGUCUUCUGUCAUGGCCUUGGGAUUAAAGUGUUUCCGCUUGAUCCAUCCUGCAUUUUGCAGUUACCUUACAACUUUGACCAGACCUAUUUCAGAAAUCACAGUGAAGACAAUGAGUGGCAGACAACCUGACCAUAGGCAGUACAUGGCCUGUACAGUCGUACCAGUUCGACAUUUUGCCACUAAGAAAGCCAAAGCUAAAGGGAAAGGACAAUCCCAGACCAGAGUAAACAUUAACAUAGCCUUGGUGGAGGAUAUAAUUAACUUGGAAGAGGUAGAUGAAGAAAUGAAGUCUGUGACGGAAGCACUCAAGGACAACUUCAAUAAGACCCUCAACAUAAGGACCUCACCAGGAUCCCUUGAUAAUAUUACUGUGGUAACUGCUGAUGGGAAGCUUACUUUAAACCAGAUUGGCCAGAUAUCCAUGAAGUCACCACAGUUGAUUUUGGUGAAUAUGGCCAGCUUUCCAGAGUGUACAGCUGCAGCUAUCAAGGCUAUAAGAGAAAGUGGAAUGAAUCUGAACCCAGAAGUGGAAGGGACGCUAAUUCGGGUUCCCAUUCCUAAAGUAACCAGGGAACACAGGGAAAUGCUGGUGAAACUGGCCAAACAGAACACCAACAAGGCCAAAGACUCUUUACGGAGAGUACGUAGCAAUGCAAUUAAUAAGCUGAAGAAAUCAAAGGACAAGACCUCAGAGGAUACCAUUAGGCUCAUAGAGAAGCAGAUCAGCCAAAUGGCCGAUGACACAGCUGCAGAGCUGGACAGGCAUCUGGCAGUGAAGACCAAAGAACUCCUUGGAUGAAGGUCCACCGUGGCCCAGCCAUACACCAGAGCCUGGUUUCUGGUGGAUCCCAUAGAUGGCAAAUGGGCCAGCCACACAGAAGGUUGUAACUGUACUGUCAUUGAUGAGAGGCCCAGCCUUCCCCCCAUCCCCACUGUUCUGCUCUGAGCCUUCUGGUGUGGAGAGUGAGGGCGCUACUGGCAAAGGACCUUUCCUCAGGCAGUUGCCUUGUCCAUGGGGUCCCCACAGCCUGGGACCAUUGGCAGGCUAUCACAUACGGUUCCUAGUCGCAGGAGCCUCUUUUUCUGUGAAUCAGGCCCCAUCUCUGCUUGGACUGAUGUGAGCCUGAACCCCUUUGCUCAAGGCCCAUUUUCGCGUCAUAAAAUCUAAAUAAAUUUAAAAAAAUAACUACAAAGAAAAAA